UGAAUGUCGAAAUCCGAGUCUAGAUUGAUUUUACAAGUUUAACAAGUAAUUAGAAGCAAAGCAGAAUCGAAUAUGGCUCGGUUUGUGAGUAAGACGUCCCAUGACAACUGCUACCUCAAGAACUCGAUUGUCUACACCGAGGACCACAUUCCCGUGCAGAAGCUCUACUUCAGCAAGGUGCCUCCGGAGGUUGCGUCUUUCUGGCCACGUUGUUUGUCCUCUGUGUGCCUGGCUAACCCACUGUCGAGCCCUUUUGCAGCUGAACCAAAGCAUUCUUGAGCAUCACUUCCGGAUCUAUGUGCGCGUGCUGCGUUUGCAGAUCUUCAAGCCCCGGAUUUUUCCGCGCAAUGGACGCAAGGACGUCCAGAGGACUGGCUUCGUCCACUACGCGCAGAAACUAGACGCAGCCAAGGCCCUACACAGCCACAUCCACCAUGUGAACGGGCACAGGUUCCUUGUGCAGGCCAGUUACAGCUGGCACCAGCCGGACGCCUAUGGAACACCCCGUGAUCCGGCGGUGAGGUUUCCCAACACGGAGCCCCCGCCGCAGCCAGCCAUCAUGGGCCUUAACGACCUCUGCCUGGAGCAUGUGCUGCAGUACCUCGAGUUGGAGGACCAGAUUCACUUCGCCAGAAGCUGCCUGCGCUUCAGGGGCGUCUACCAAUUGGCCAUCGCCAGGCGUCACAAGACGAUGCGCCUGACCCAGUUCAAGGGCAUGACCGUCUGGGACAUGCGCGACUUCUUCAGGCUGUCCUGUUGCCAUGUUCAACAUUUGGCAGACUUUCAAGGCGCUUCCCCAGCUAAAGGAGCUCAGCAUUAAGAAUGCAUUCACCAUU